CCGUCAUUCAUUGGGACUAUAAAAGCUCGCGUCACAAGGCCUCGCGACUCACUGUGAUCAGAGCGUCUGUGCGAGCGCGCAAUCACCAGGAAUAAAUCAUUUCUAAUAAAUGCUGAAAUCUAUGAGGUCCACUAAAGGCGCGUCUAAAGCGCGACGCGACCACAUCAAUGGAGAGAUCAGGAGUCUGCGCGCGCUGCUUCCCAUCUGCGCAGAAGAUCAGGAGCGUCUGUCGUACCUGCACUCCAUGUCCAUCAUCUGCACCUUUAUCCGCAAAUCUGUGCUCUUUACAGGUGUUUGUGAGAAUAGUCGAGAUCUUUCUCUACCGCACGAUGACCUCCUGCAAGCACUGCCUGGAUUUAUUGUUGCUUUUACCAAAGAUGGGAAACUGGUUUAUGUUUCAGAAAAUGUGUCUGAGUAUCUUGGACUGUCAAUGGUGGAUGUGCUUCAGGGAGACUCUUUCUAUGAUAUGAUUGACACUCAAGAUGUGGAAAGUGUAAAAGUCAUUUUGCAAGGCGACGGCAAUGUUUCAGCAGAGAGGAGUUUCGUGUGCAGGAUGGUCACCUCUAAAGCUUUCCGGCUCCAGUAUGGCAGCUGCUGUUCUAUGUUGGUGAGCGGCCGUUUCCAGGGCGGACCGCCAAACUCCGCUCUGUUCGUGGGUCUCUGUACGCCCACAGUUAACAGACGGAGGGACUUCCAGUUUCUCAGUGACUCCACGUACUUUCAGACGCUCCACAAACCAGACAUGAACUUCGCUUACGCUCCCCACAGUGUCUUUUUCCACUUGGGGUUCUCAGCACAGGAGCUGAUCUGUCGAUCGUGGUACGGCCUUUUGCACCCUGAUGACCUCACGCUCGCCGCUGGCUUGCACAAGAGUCUGAUAGGAGAUGAUGGAGAAGCAGAUGUUCAGAUGGUUGUCAGACUGCAGUGUAAAGAUCUCUCAUGGGUCUGGAUCUACAUUUGGGCUAAUAUGGAAGUAGGCAAACAAGUGAUUACCUGCAAAAACCACAUCAUCAGUGAAACAGAGGCCAUCUAUCUCAAACAAAAACUCUAUGGCAACGUGUCGAUGUCCUCGUCGCAGUCUGUUUCCAGUGCUCUGUUAUCACAGGGGCCGUGGGGCCCAGGGACCCGCAGCUCUCCAAAGAGACAGAGAGAGCGUGAAACGGCGAGAGAUGAGCCGAGGAGGAAAUCCAGGAGGACCUCAGAGGACAACUGUCAAGGCAGCUUCACGCACGGGGACAGCAGAACCGAAGAGCCGGCAUUUUUCUGCACCCCUCCUUACAGCCCGACUUCAUCUCACUCCUCUGACUUCCUGUCUGAAAGUUAUGAAGCUUUAGAUCUGCUCAUAUGUGAUGGGACCUCCGCUUUGCAUCAUUUCUCUCCAUCUUCUCCUGAUGUCUCUUCUCCAGCGUUCCCUCUCGGCUCAUUGAGUGUGGGGUCUCACCCAUAUUCUGCAUCGCCCUGUGACCUCCACACCCGCGUGCCCAACGCUCACCUGGUCCCCGGUAACCGUCCCGUGCCGAACGCGUGCGAGGGCCUGUCGGACUGCAUUCUUCAUCCUGAAGACCUCGGCUCGUUUCUUCUGCACCAGACACACGGUCGGGCCGGCGUUUACCCAGUAUACCGGGAAAGUGGCUCAUCCCCGGUCGGGGCGCUCACCCCAGAGUCCUCGCCCACCGCAGAGAGAUGUUUCCACUACAGUGAGAUCGAACGAGAUGAGAUCAGCGUCCUGGCUCGUCAGAUAUGCUCUCUGGCAAGCAGCUUUGAUGUGUACGGCACGCAAACGUCAAUUCAACCGAACGACGCCCUCUGCUGGUCACGCGCACCCGAGCCGCUUCUGGACGAGACAGUCAUAGAUGGCGUCCUGCACGAUGUCUCUGCGAGAGAGCAUUGCGUCCAGGGCCUUCCAGUGGCCUCAGAUUCCCGGGUACAAGGGAUUUCCAUGGGCACACUGAUGCAUUUUGGGUCUCUGGAGCCCGCGCUCAACACACAGAACUGCUGUGAAAUAAACUCUGAGUUGCAUCAACUCAAUCACUGUCUGUAUGGUGACAUCCGGGAAGAUGGGCUUACUGAAGAAUCCAUGUACUAAAACGAGUCCUCGACUUACAGUAGUAAUCCCAGUAUGGCAUAUUGCCAUGGCAACCAGUGACUGGAUUCAGUGGAGGUUCAAAGACUUGUUGAGUAAAUGUAAUUAAUCAGGUUUAGGUGAGAACAGGUUUCUCAUCUUAAGAAGAAUUUAUUUAUUUUUGUUUGUCCUGUUAGUGUAACUCACUGCAAAACCUGUUUAAUGUGAACACCAAAAUAUGAAAGAGAGUUUGUCGAAUGAAAGCAGAAAUAAAACUACCUCAUCACCUAAAGGUUGUGCUUGGAUUUGAGUCACUGCUUUGUAAUGUUGAAGACUUAUUUAUUCUUAUUUUUAAAUCAUUUGAGCAAACAGACUUUUGAAAUUUUGCUUCAUAUUUCAAUGUUGUAUGAAACCCAAAUGUUAGACAUGUAAAUAAGAAAUGAGUUAUUUAUAUUUUUCACAGUUUGUUUCUAUUUUUGUA